CUGUCAGCUCACGGGGACAGCAUGCAAUCCUAAACUAACCUGCAAGGAGUCCCAGCAAUUGUGUUCACUGCCAACGUCCAUCGUCCAGCUGAAAUCAUGAAGAGUUUUCUUGUCCUUGCUUUCGUGGUGUGCUGCGCUGUCUGGGGAGACACAGCGUCGCUGCUAACCAGGCAUAAGCACUGUUCACAACCCCUGGACAACUCCGCUACCUGGAAUAACAUCAUAGAUGUGGCCCAACAUGCGCAAGGACUGGACAAGAACCACAUGACCCGCAUACUUCCAAAGAUGCCCGAGAAGGAAUUUAAAGAGAAUGACAGCUGCUGUGUGCACGCUAACAUCUUGGACUACUACCUCAAGAAUGUGCUGACCGAUGCUCUGCCGACUAAUGAUCACCACUCUCGUCUGCCCAUUGUCAAAGAAGAGCUGCACAGGGUCAGACGCGACUUGGUGACCAAUGCCAACUGUGAUCUAAAUAAAUAUGAUGUGUACAAGUACAACAAGACAUUCAGAAAGAAUUUCUUGGCGAAGGGUGUUGACGCUACGAUCAAGGCAAUUAGCGAGAUGGAUAUUCUCUUUCACUACCUCUACGAAUCCUGCGGGAAGGAGCGUUGUACAUAAACCUUUACUGGACCACAGAUGCCCAAUAACUACUUUGGGCGCGUGGCCCAGUCAAAAAGGCC